AUGCUAGUGGGUCUGUGCCGGGACGCGAGCAUCGUGGUGCGCGUGGCGGCGGUGGGCGCGCUGGGCGACGCGGCGGCGCUGCGGCCCGACCGCGCCGCGCUCGACGCCUUCCUCGCCGGCCCCAUGCACCAGCUCUCGGACCCUGAGACUAAGAUCCAAGAACAAGUGGUGAGUUUAAUACAGCAGCUACUAAUGGAACGGUUAAAAACGUACGAGCCGUCUGAGGAGGACGCGACGCCGUGGCUGUUCCUGGAGGGCAUUACGCGGCACAAGAUGAGACGCCAUCUGCAGAAGGCUUGCACGUUGCUUGUUAAAGCCUCCAAUUGUAUCAACCAUCGUCUAGUGGACUUGCUAAGCACCCACUUGGGUGUGCUGGACGACGACAGGGACCUGCAGUGCCUGGUGCUGCUGACGAGCGUCGCCCGUCAUGUCGAGUACUCGGAUAUUGGCUUCCUACUGGAUUACUAUUACAACCUGACUGAGAGACAGGGUCGAGACGGUCGCCUGCUGCCGCUGACGGUGGAGCUGUUGGCGGCGUGGGAGUGCGGCCUGGCGCCCGCCGAGCGCGCCGCGCUGCGGCAGCACCUCGUGGCGCGCCUCGCAUCUGCUGCCGACGACGGAUGUAGAACAGCGUGUGCUUCGCUUGCAGCACAAUUGGAUCCGGAAAAUCUACAGUGGGCUACCGAGCUAAUGCAAAUAUCGGAACGGCGUGCGCUCGAGGGCACAGACGCGAGCGAGUGGCUGCGCGCGGCGGACGUGUCGCUAGUGGCGCCGGCGCCGCCCUCGCCGCAGCUGCUGCGACUCUUCCUCGCCGCGCUCGCCAACCCGCCGCCCGAAUGGAGCGCGGAGUCGCGCGGGCUGUGCGUGGCGGGCGCGGGGCGGCUGUGCGUGCGGUCGCGCGCCGCCGCCGCCGCGCUGGCGCCGCCGCUGGCCGCGCUGCUGCGCGACGCUGCCGCGCCGCAGUGCGCGCGCCUCAACGCGCUGCUCGCGCUCACUGAUAUAUGCACCAGAUACUCGUGCAUCGUGGACCCGCUGCUGGACGCGGUGUGCGGGUGCGUGGCGCGCGGCGCGGCGGCGGCGCUGCGGCGCGCGGCCGUGCGCGCGCUCACGCGGCUGCUGCUCGCCGGCUACCUGCGUCUGAGGACGCCGCUCUACUACCGUUACUGCGCGUUACUGGCGGACGAAGACCACGACGUGCGCGAGCCCGCAGAGUACUACGUGUCGUGCUGUCUCACUGUCGAUACCAUCUACCACCACUUCGUAGAUUGCGUAUUGUAUUACAACAAUCAGGAAACAGAGGCGAUCUCGUUCGACGCGCGGCAGCUGAUCUACGACAUAAUGCUGCAGCGCAUGUCGCUGGUGCAGAAGCUGAACGUGCAGUGCCGGCUGGCGCGCGAGGUGCUGCAGCACGCCGCCGACGUGUGCGACGAGCGCGAGGAGCUGCCGCCCGCGCUGCACGCCGCGCUGCUCGACACCAUCACGCUGCUGUGCGGCCCGAGGAUGAAACUGCCCAAAAAACCAGAAAAGGGCGGAGAUGCAGACAUUGAUGACCUACAAGAACGUGUCACUACAAAUAUUGUAUCUCAUAUUUUCACGGAGAAAGAGAAGAAAAUGAAACGUACGGUGGCAGAGGAGCUGGUGCCGGGCGUGCUGCGCCUGUACGCGCACAUGCGGCGGCGCGGCGGGCAGCUGGCCGCCUACCUCGUGCGCAUCGCCACCGACCUACUCAACGACUACCAGCAUGAGAUCGAGGAGCUGAUAGAGAACGACGAGGAGCUAGUGGAGCGCGUGCAGCAGUUCCAGGAGACCAUCGGGCUGGAGGCGUCGUUCGGGAACGCGCGCAACCUGGUGACGGCGUCCGCGCCGCCCGAGCCCGACACGCCGCGCGCGCGCAAGCGCCCCGCCCGCGCCCUCCGCGCGCCCAAGAGGCGGGCGCUCAACAUA